AUGGCCGCCGAAACACCCGCCGUCGAGGACGGCCUCAUCGACCAGGUGACCGAGUACGUGCGCGAGUACAUGUCGCACUACGACGGGUCGCACGACUUCACGCACAUCCAGCGCGUGCUCGCCCUCGCGCAGCACAUCCAGGCCCUCACGCCCUCGACCUCGCGGCGCGUCGUCACGCUCGCCGCCCUGCUGCACGACGUCGGCGACAAGAAGUACCUCAAGCCGGGCGAGGACGGCACGCGGCUCGUGCACGACGUGCUGCGGUCCAUGGGCGCCGACGCGGCGCUCGCCGAGCGCGUGCAGACCAUCUGCCUGGGCGUCAGCUACUCGAGCGAGGUGAAAGACCCGGCGCGCGUGGUGGAGCUCAUCGCCGCGCACCCGGAGCUGGCGGUCGUGCAGGACGCGGACCGGCUCGACGCCAUCGGCGCCGUGGGCAUCGGCCGGACGUUUGCGUUUGGCGGCGCCAAGGGCAGGGGGCUGAGCGACACGAUGGAGCACUUUGACGAGAAGCUGCUGCGGCUGGAGGGCAUGAUGAAGACGGAUGAGGGGCGCAGGCUGGCGAGGGUGCGGACCGAGAGGAUAGAGACGAUGCAGCGGUGGUGGAAGGAGGAGACGGAGGGUGUCGUUGGUUGA